AGCAAUCCCACUCCUCCUCCUCCUCCUCCUCCUCCUGUGCGCGACGCGACUCUCCUUCUCUCUCGAGCAGUUGAAUCCACAAGAAAGGCUUGUAAGUGGCCAAGCAUUGCAUAUCUUGCUGUGUUGCUCCCUGGAGCUUACCUUCAAGGUUGAUUGAUAAAAAUAUGGUAAAUCAAACUCGAUCCAGUUGCAAAAUUAGGGAAAAAAGUACAAACAAGGUGCAUAGCGGUGGUAAGGGAUCGAGUACAUCACACUCUGCAUCAGAUUCAUAUGGACUGAGAAGGUCAACCAGGGAGUCAUCAUCCAAGAAACCAAUGAUUCCAAGCUUUCCGACCACUCGAAAGUCGGAGCGACUUGAGAAGUCGGAGCGACUUGAGAAGCAAACACCACCUACUUCAGUUUCUAAGGAUCCUGAGAAGGUGAAGAGACAAAGGACGCCAAGUCCAGUGAGGAGGUCUGAGAGAUGCAAGAAACUGCGGCAUUCCUCAAAUUCUCCAAUAUCAAAGAAGCCUGCUAGAAGGUCGGAGUCAUCUGAUAGGCAAAACCAAAUGGAAAAGAAAGAGAAUAAUGCAAAACAAUUGGAAGUGGAAGAUAAGGAAUCUAGCAAAAGUAAUGAAGAAGAACCAACUUCUACCCAGAUGAAGACAGAGAGAUUGAGUGCUCGUGCUUAUAGAGCACUAUUCAGGAAAUUAGGAAACAAGGAUAAAGCAUCAGAUUGUCGUGAGGAGUUGAGUCGUCCAAACAAGUCCUUUCAGCAGGAACACAUCAAUUCCGGGGCUGUUGAUCCAGAGGAAGUUGAUGCAGUCGAUAAUUGUAGUGAUCGUAGUCAAAAGACUAAAGAUGGUGUGGAAUCCAUGACACAAAUAGUGGAAAAACAAAAUGAGGAAAACACUUGCCUCAGGCAAAACAGCCAUUUUACUCAACAAGAUCCAAAUAAUGACUCGGGAAGGGUAGAGAACCGUUCCUCACUGGAGAAGCAGUCUGAAUUAAUGGAUUUUAGCAGGAAUGGAAGGUCUUUAGAUGGUCAUGUUUGUUUAGAAAAAGGUCAAGAAGACGUCCCUGAUAAACAGAACAACUCGGUUUACUUGAUGUCCAAUGCGUCAGCCAUGGCUGGAUGUCAAAAUGUUACCUCUGCAGAGCGCAAUUUCGUCCAGAUAGAUGGUAUAAACUCAAAGAGAAAAAGUGGGGAGCCUGAAGCCACUGUGAACUUGGAACUUGGUGAAAAGCAGAACUUGCAUGUGUUGGUAAAUACUGAUGCAGAAAGUGGACAGAGUACAUGCUGUAUCUGCAAGCUUGGGGGAAAACUCUUGUGCUGCGAUGGAGCUGGGUGCCAAAAAAACUACCAUCUUUCCUGUUUGGAUCCUCCUCUUAAUGAUGUUCCCCCAGGAGUUUGGCACUGUCUUGCAUGUGUUAGGAAGAUGAUGAAGUAUGGUGCCUAUUCAGUCUCUGAAGGAGUAGAGUUCAUUUGGGAUUGCAGGGAAGCGGAAGAAUUGGAUCCUAAUGGGUGUCAAAAGCAGAAGAAAUUUUUUGUUAAAUACAAAGGACUCGCUCAUUUUCACAAUCUAUGGUUACCGGAAGCUGAGGUGGCUGCUCAAUGCCCUUCUCUAGUUGCUAGUUUUCUUCGGACGAAGCAGGUGGUACCGUGGAAGUCAGAGUGGACUUUACCAAGGCGUCUACUGCAGAAGCGUUUAAUAACUUCUCCUCAAUUUCAUAGUGAACAUGAUAGACAUGAGGAGGGUAUUGACGUGUCAAUGUGCCAUUACCAAUGGCUUGUAAAAUGGUGUGGCCUUGAUUAUGAACAUGCUUCAUGGGAGCUAGAGAAUGCUUCCCUAUUUCUCUCUUCAGAAGCUCAGAGCCUCUUCAAACAGUAUGAAAACCGACUUGAGAGAGCGACAGGAGCUUGUAAUGUUGAAUUGACUAAGCUUCCAGAAAGAAAAAAAAGUUUGAGAAAUGAAAUAUUAAAGCUUCUAGCUAAAGUUUCCCCGGGUCCAGAGAAAAAUCAUGCAGAUCUCAUUGAUAAGAAGUUCGACUGUUGGCAGAGGAGCCAAAUUAAUAUUAUAGCCGAUGACCAGGAACACAUUUCGAAGGUCACAUCAUUUAUUUUAUCGCUCGAAUGUGAUGGCUGUCUUCCUUUUCUUAUCAUUUCACCUUCUACCUCAGUUUAUUCAUGGGAUGCGGAGUUUUUUCGUCUGGCACCAACUGUUAAUGUUGUGAUUUACAAUGGAAGCAAAGAUGCUCGUAGACGUAUUAGGAAACUGGAAUAUUUUGAGGAAGGAGCUUCCAUUGUGUUUCAAGUGCUUAUAUCUCCUCCAGAGGCCAUUGUCGAGGAUAUGGAUAUUCUGACACAAAUAGAAUGGGAAGCAUUGGUAGUUGAUGAAUGCCAACAACCUGGAACUUUGUCCUUUCUUGAAGAAUUUAAGAAGCUAAAGAACCAAACGAGGCUUCUUCUCUUUAAUGGGAAACCGAAGGAACAUGUCUCCGAGUACCAUAAACUGCUCUCCAUGCUUGAUCCUGGUGACAAAGAAAGUAGGAAUGCAUUGGCAACCAAGUCUCAAGAGACUGUGUGUAAGCCAAAGGAGCAGCUGUUGAGCUAUACUGCAGUUGAGGGCAGGAUGGAUUCGUCUAGAUUUGUGGAGUACUGGGUUCCAACACAAAUAUCAAAUGUGCAGCUUGAACAGUAUUGUGCUACUCUACUUUCAAACUCUCUGUCGCUCUGUUCAUCAUCAAAAGGUGACCUUGUUGGUGUGCUACAUGAUAUCCUUCUCUCUACUCGGAAGUGUUGUAAUCAUCCAUACAAUGUCGAUCCAUCUCUUCAAGGCUCAUUGACGAAAGAUCUUCAACCAAUUGAGUACUUAGAUGUUGGAAUAAAAGCUAGCGGGAAACUUCAGCUUCUUGAUAGGUUGCUUUUGGAGUUAAAGAGACAGCGCCUGAAAGUUCUUAUAUUGUUUCAGUCCAUUGGUGGUUCAGGAAGAGAUUUGACUGGUGAUAUUUUGGAUGACUUUUUACGUCAGAGAUUUGGUGCAGAUUCAUAUGAACGUGUCGAUGGUGGCAUUCUCCCUUCUAAGAAACAGGCUGCUUUGAAUAAGUUUAAUGACAAGGAGCUGGGAAGAUUUGUGUUUUUGUUGGAGAAUCGGGCCUGUAAUCCUAGCAUCAAAUUGUCAUCAGUUGAUAUGGUGAUUAUAUUUGAUAGUGACUGGAAUCCUGCUAGUGAUUUAAAGAAUUUGCAGAAAUUAACAAUUGAAUCUCAAGUCCAAAUAAAAGUACUCCGCUUUUAUUUGUCCUGUACGGUGGAAGAAAAGGCAUUGAUAUGUGCAAAGCAAGGCAUACACCUUGAGAGCAAACUGCAAAAUAUAAGUCGAAGCACUAGCCACACGUUACUCAUGUGGGGGGCGUCGUAUCUAAUGUGUAGAUUGGACGAGUUCCAUGGCAGCUCUAGUGUGUCUUCCAUGGCAUUGUCUGAUCAAUUGCUUGCAAACUCUGUGGUUCAGGAGUUUCUGGCUCUGCUUCUCCAGAAUGAUAACAGUGUUAAGAGCAGAUCUGUCAUUGUCAAAGCGCAGCAAACUUCGGGAACUUACUGCACAGAUUUUCCCUUGGUUGGUGAGUCGAAGAUUCAGUCCACUGCUGAAGAUUUACCGCAUAUUUUCUGGACAAAGUUAUUGGAAGGAAAGCAUCCUUGCUGGAAAUAUUUGUCUGGUUCAACCCCAAGGAACAGAAAAAGGGUUCAAUCAAAUGUCAAUAUAUUAGAAGAAGUUGAGUCUGACAGUAAUCAGCUGGACAAGAAACGCAAGAAGUUGACAAAUAAUAGCAUAUCUCUGUCGUCUAGGAAGCAGCGAAUAGAUGGGGAGAAAAAGGUUGCUGCUAACAAGGAAGGGACUUCCAGGCCAUUUAUUAAAUCUCUUGGAGGAGAAGAUUUGGCAGCUAUACCUGAAGGUAACAUGGUUGACUCUGAUGAGGGAAGAAAGUUGCGUGAUGCACAGAGGAGCCUCCAUCUUUUGCUGAAACCGGAAAUCUCGAGACUUAGUGACUUGCUAAAUUUGUCGGAUAAUAUCAAGGGUAUGGUUGAUAUCUUCCUUGAUUACGUAAUCAAUAACCAUCAUGUCAGCCGGGAACCAGCGAGUAUUCUGCAAGCUUUCCAGUUAGCUCUGUGUUGGACUGCAGUUUCUUUAUCAAAGGAAAAAAUAGAUCACACGGAAUCUCUUGAGCUUGCAAAAAAGCAUUUGAACUACCAGUGCAAGAAAGAAGAGGCAGAUCAUGUGUAUUUGAUGUUGCGACAUCUAAAGAAAAUGUUUCUCCACCUUAGAAAGAAUUUACCGGUCGAUUCCUUGAAAUAUGGAGAAUUGAAAGACAAAGUGCUUGAGAUGGAGCAAUCUGGUGUGAAGUCGCCCCUGCCAGCUAUGCCUUGCCUCCAAACUGUUAAAGUAGAGAUUGAAGAUUGUACCUUUCAAGGAUCCUCCAGUAAUGAGGUCAUUUCUAGUCCUAAAUUUAUGGAUGAGUUUGGAUUGACAUUGGGAGAUAUUUCUGAAAGUGGCAGAGAAAUUCAGAACCAGAAACAGAUACUGCUGGAGCUAGAAAGGAGGAAGAAUGAAAUAUGUAGAGAAUAUGAGGCGCAGAAGGUUUUGCAUGAGAAUAAUCAUCAAAUGGAGGCUGCAAUUGUUCGUUUGCAUUUUGGUGGUUCAACAAAAAUAGACAGGCUGAAGAGAUUGGACAGGGAGUGCUCUACAAAAAUUGAAGAAUGCUCACGUGAGAUGGCCAUGCGCCUUAAACAAAUUGAGGCUGAAUGUCUAGCCUCAGCAAAUGGAGUUCAGCAGGAUCCUUCUCUAGUAGAGGGAGACAGGUGCUCAAUGCAAGUGCAAUUGCUGAAUGAGCUGCCCGAAGCCAGGCAUGGUCAGGAAAGUUACAAUUGUCAUAAUCAACUUGAUAGUGCGGACCCUUUAUCGAUUCCCUUGUCUGACCAAAGUGUUGAUGCAAUUGUCUGUGCUGAAAAGGACUGCCUUCCGGUUAGGAUCGGCAGUGACAAUGAUGAGAUGAAUGCCGUGGCUUCAGGAACAGUUUCUACAGAGGUGGGGCUAUGUGCUAAUGGAAUACCAAUAGACAACCAAGGGAAUGCUGUUUCUCUAAAUCCCUGUUAUCGGGAGAAUCUUCCUGUUAAUUCACAAGGUGAUUUUAUCAGUAGCCAUGCUCCAGAGAAUGUUAGCACUUUGAAUGCUUGCACAUUGGUGGAUCAGAUUCCUGAUGGUUCAAGAAAGGAAGCAAUUGAUGAGCCGGUUCCACUGGAGGCGCAAGAGAUUGUUCAUUUAAUGAAUUUACCAGAGAGAUCGAGUUCUCCAGAUCCAGAAGUAUCAGAAACGGAACUGCCAAAUGGAUCUGAAUCUGGAGUGGUUGAUAAUGCCCAUUGCAAUUAUGGACCUCAUAAAGUUGCCUUGGUUAAUCGAUCAAUGUCAAGGAUGCCUGAUGGCAUAGACAAAGUUGGGGCCCCUGGUCAUGCUCUGGAGAAUAUUAGCUCUCUGAAUGCUUGCUCCUCGGAUGAUCAGAUUCUUGAUGGUUCAAGAGAGGAAGCACUUGAUGAACUACCUGCGGUGGAGGUGCAGGAGAAUAUUUGUAUAUCAGGUGAACUGGAGGAUAUGAUCUCUCCAGAUCCAAAUAGAUCAGAAAAGGAAAUAUGCAAUGGAUCUGAAUCUGAAGUACUUGAGACUGUCCAUCCCAGUGAUGGACCUCGUGAAGUUCCCUUGGUUAAUCAAUCAAAGUCAACUACAGUGCCACCAUCAAGCGGCUUUGCCGAGGGAGCUUCUGUGUCAUCUCACUGUACCCUACCUGAUCAGGAGUUGAGAGAUGAUUGUAAUGCCACAUCCACCAGCAGGCAAGAGAGAAAUGCACCCAAUGAAGAGCGACAUAAUGAUGAGACCCUACCUGAUGAGGAGUCAAGAGAUGAUUGUAAUGUCACAUCCACCAGCAUGCAAGAAAAAAAUGCACCUGGUAAACAGCAGCAUGAUGCUGAGGUUGCUUCUAUGACAUCUCAUCAUAGUGCGCCUGACCAGGAUUUGAGAGAUGAUUGUAACCCCACACCAACCAUCACGCAAGAGGGAAAUGCACCUGAUGAAGAGCAGCAAAAUGCUGAGGGUGCUUCCAUGCCUUCUUAUUUUACCUUACCUGGCCAGGAGUUGAGAGAUGAUUGUAAUGCCGCAUCCACCAGCAUGGAAGAGAGAAAUGCAACCAAUGAAGAGCAGCAUAAUGCUGAGACCUUACCUGAAGAGGAGUUGAGAUUUAAUCGUAACGCAGCAUCCACUGGCAUGCAAGAGAGAAAUGCACCUGAUGAAGAGCAGCAUAAUGCUGAGGGUGCUUCCAUAUCAUCUUAUCACACCUUACCUGACCAGGAGUUGGGAGAUGAUUUUAGUGCCCCGUCCACCAGCAUGCAAGAGAGAAAUGCACCCGACGAAGAGCAGCAUAAUGCUUCUCAACAAACUGCUUUUCUAUCAUCUGGUACUUGUAAUGCUACAUCAUCUUUCUCUGGAGCAGCAGAUAUGGAGCCUCCAGUGCUUCCGCAGCCACCAGAUCAGCCUCUUAACCACAGUUCACAUGAUUUAGCUCUAGUCAGUGGAACUGCGACUCCACUCCAGGGAGUGGGAGAGACUUCUAAUCUAACUGUUCACUUUCAGUCAACACAAGUUGAUGAAAACCCUGCCAUGCCUCCUCAUCAAGCAAUGUCGGAAUCUGCAGUCAGCAUUCCUCGUGGGAGGAUGGUGGCACAGAGCUCAGGCAAUUCAACUGCAUCCGUUUCUGUGGAAAGUAACACUCAGCUGUUACAGAGUCCAUUUCCAAUGGUACAACCCAGAACGCCUCUGAAAUUGCACUCGGACCCUCUUCAGAAUGAGCUGGACAGAAUGCAAAGGGAAAUGGACCAGAUGGACAAAGCACAUGAAGAUGCGAAAAUGCUACUGGUAUCUGAUCGCGACAUGGAGAUAGAGGAAAUUGUCGCACAAAUUCGCAGGAAGUAUGAUUUGAAACUUAAGGAGAUUGAGGCAGAAUAUCUUCCUAAAAAGAAGGAACUUGACAUGAAUCACCGCAAAGUUCUGAUGAAUAAGAUGCUAGCUGAGGCGUUCAAAUCCAAGUGGUCUGAUAUCAGGGCGUCUGGCGCAAAUGGAAUCCAACAAGAUGUAGCUUCUGGUUCCAUGCAGCAGCUGCUACAGUUAUCAUCACAGCGUAAUGCACAUCAGUCUUUGCCAGUUCGUGGCCCUUCUGCUGGCCUUCAGUCAAACCGGGUUGGCACUGCUGGCACUCCAUUCACAAGCUCAGAGAGUUUUCCUCCCAGUUUGGCAAGCUUGCAGAAUGUGGGCCCGUCUGGAGUUACCAUCCUCAAUAGUCCGGCUGUUUCCUCUGGUAUUGCAUCCAGACCGCCCCAGAUCAGCCUCAGCGUGCCGCCACCAUCAGCAAACAUUCAAGCUCCCAGUGAUAUUCGUUCUCCUGCCCCACAUCUCCAAGUUUUCAGGCCUUCAGUUGCAUCUUCAGGCACCCCUUUGCAGGGGUUGCCUAAUCAGCAGCCACCUAGCAACCCGCCUCCAACUUGUACCCCUCUUCAGCAGUUUCCAUCGGCAGCAGCACCACCGGCGGGCCCAGCAGGUCCAAGUAGUUGGCAUCAUGGCGGAGGAUCUGCAGGAGGGUUUCCACCUAUUGACUUGGGAAGUGAUCUGUUUAUGGAUGUCCCUUGUUUUCGUCCUCCAAUCGCCAUUCCCCCUUCACAAAGGGAUAAUUUAACCUCCUCUAAUGCUACCUCUGAUGUUGUAUGCUUAUCUGAUGACGACUGACCAACCGCACACUUGAAGGUAUUGAUAUCAUAUCCGUUGGCCAUCGGUCCAACAAGUAGGCAUCCCACGGAUCCUUGGCAUUUUUGGUUGUAGGAAGGGUCGGAUGGGGGGGCGCGCAUUUUCAUGUACUUCAAAGUGUAUAUGUUUGGUAAUUAAGUUUUUUGUCUGCAGCGUCAUUCCUGUGAUCCAACCCUAAGCUGAAGUAGAAGCUUUUGAUAACACCAAGCAUGAAUAUCCCGGCAGAAUAUUGCGACCCAUGAGGUGAGGAAUUAUGCAGAAGAGGGGUUGUGUAUCUCGAAAUAUUUGACAUGGGUGGUCGCUCAUUUCUACCUUCCUGUAGCUAGCUUGUGCUUAGUUGUGACAUUAGGCCUAUUGAUGAAUCUCUAGAGUUCCGUUUCAUCCUGAA